CUUUCUUUGGCGUGAACUACAAACUACCUGAGUACUUAGGUAACUUGAGAUUCAUGGUAUAGAAGUCGGACGUGGUUUAUAAUCCCUGGCGGUCAACAGACUGACCCAAUCGUUCUGUUCUCCCCACGAUCCCUGUCCUGAUUUUGAUGGUUGGCGGUCUGCCGAUUCCUGCGAAUUAUGAGGUGACAUGUUGCGGGGAUUCUUUCAUGAUUCGGCACUCUCCUACAUGAGAUCGAUCUAGAAAGUCCUUUCACGAUAGAAAAUAUGGAGGAGAAGUGUACACAUGCAUGCUUAGGCAUGAAUACAUAAUGCUUGGCUCUUGAAUACAAGUCUUGCCAAAACAGUCCCUUGCCAAAAUUUGGUAUAUGCAGCAUCCAUAUCAUGAUUGGCUCUGGUACAUUGACAAAGCCUUGUACCCAAUUCCCCAGCUCAGAGAGCGGCUUCUGCAUCUAAAGGCAAUCAAUUCGACAUCUCAUCCAUGGAGAUGGGAAGAUGUUGAUAGUCACCAGAAACCUCACUUGCUCUGGUGUGCUGUUUUAGUUCAAUACGAAUUCCAUAUUACUAAUUCUGCCCUACUUCUUCACCUCUAGGUUUAAUGUUACAACUUCAGCCAUGCAACUCAGGACAACUUCCUUUCAAAACUUGAGAGUCAUAUCCAACUAACUCCAAAACAUGCACUGAGAAAAAUGUCUGACGACUUCUCCAUUUUCACCUCUAUGAGGUACGACGCUAAACUUGCACAGCUAAAAAGUCGGGGAUGUGGUGGUGAGGGCUGGAACUUUGAGAACAACUCUCCUCUGUACAUGCUUGACUUUCACCGCGAUCGGCUCUUCAAGGCAGCGACACAUUGGGGGUGGCAGUCCGCAGCAGAUCAACUAUCCGGUGACGAUGGACUGUCAUAUCUGGCUCAACUCAUUGCAAACUGUGUAGGACCAUCUCAUCCAACACCUUUGAAACUUAGAAUAGUCGUGUCUCGUCAAGGCGACAUCACAAUCGAGCACUCCAGCACACCCGAGGUUCCCAUACAGAACCUCUUACCAGCUCGGCUUCCAGACCCUUUUCGUCCUUCGCUGGAAAGCGAACCACAGAAGGGUUCUGCCUAUACUGUUCUCUUGGAUCAGGUUUCAACGACGAGGUCCGAGUAUACUCAUUUUAAAACUACAAAGAGGGCCAUGUACGACGCAGCCCGACAGCGUGCUGGCAUUAGUUAUGCAGAUCCCGUAGAGGUCUUGGUCGUAAACCAAGACGACGGUUCUGUGAUGGAAGGGACAUUUACUACGCCUUAUUUCUGGAGGGCCGGCCAUUGGGUUACACCACCCGUUGCAGCCCAGUUCAGCUGGGAGGAAGGGAAUGGCGGCCAAGAUGGAACCUCGAGACGUUGGGCAUUAGAACGAGGACUCGCCUCUGAGCAAGUUAUCGAUUCCAAAUCUUUGAUCCACGGCGAAGAAUGUUGGAUUAGCAACGGUGUCAGAGGAUUCAUUCCGGCAACUAUUCGGCUCCUUUGAUUAGAGAGGGUCGGGUCAAUAUGACGGGAUCCCCGUUGAUAGCCACCAUGGCAGCACGGCUUCGUAUACGCUCAUCCGGUGGCAAGUUGGGUAUGGAUACAGUUUUGACCGUUAGUUGUCAACAUUGUGUUGCAAUGCUUCUUAAGCCGCAGACAGUUGGGGCAAUCUAUCACUGGUGUACCUUUACAUUUUAUGCACUCCAGAUAUGUCUUGUUGAUCAUCAAGAUUUACAGCUCUUUGGGGUCAACUCUGGAUGAUAACUAAACCAAGCGUGUCUCGACCUUUAUUUCAUCAAUAUUAUCAUCUUCUCUCACAAAUGGGGCCACUAUCAUUUUUGUUUGACCUAUCGGUGGCCUCGAGUUCUUCUAUUUGCAUGCACUGCUGGUGUAGAUUAUAUGCCGUUUUCACCUGACUGGGGGAAUUUAUGGAGUGUGGAAGGAUAAUAGGACAACGCAGCUAGCUGUCGGCUCCUGAAACAGGCAAGAAAUUCCGAUUCUCCUGCGACCAAUAUUGACCAUUGCACUUCAUCUAGACUUGUUGUAUUAUUACCAACCGAGGGCUGGUUAUGUCCCUAUGUUGUGGCACAAAAAGGUUGGGAAAACGGUACAAGUUGAGUGGCACCAAACACGAGUAAGGUUAACUACAUUAGGUGGUAAUGAGAUUACUGCUAUUCUUUCUUUCAAUCAAGAUGC